AUGAAUUCACCCAGACCCUCUGCUUCUCAUGCGUCUUCUUACACAUCCGUGCCUAAAACCCCGUUACAUCGUACCAAUGAAGACCCCAUAGCAUCUGUGGUGCCGGGCACUGCGGCCCUGUCAGUCAACGGUACUACAGCCCAGGCGCCACCUGGUGUCACCACGGACAGGCCCUCUAUACACCCGAAAAAGCCAACUAUGACGUCCCGACUGACUCGCAUGUUCUCGAGGACCGACCAGGGCCACAUCGAUCUCGCAAAGGCAGAGGUGGAAAAGAAGACUCCUGGCGAGAACACCCGUAGUGCUUCUCCGGAACCAGCAGUCUCUGAUGCGGCUACUGUACAACGCUCAGGUUCUCGCAAGACCCCGGAGCGCAAGUUGACCAUCAUGGGGGCAGCGAAAGAGAAGACGAGAAUUGACACCAUGUCGGAUCCGAACCAUGGCAAAUCCACGCGUUUCGAACCAUAUGACGAUGGUACCCAUGCACAUUUCCUGAAAUCCGUCAAGAGACAAGAGAAACUCUCGGGCAUGUUGAAAGACAUGCUCGUCGGCAGGAAGAAGAACGAAGAAGGUGAACAGUUGUCGCUAAUGUCCAACUGGGUUGAUCAACUGCGCUCAGAGAAAGAUUUUCUAGCCAAGGAUCAACGAGGUGGUCCAAACAAUACUGCCAAUCUGGUCGAGAAAUAUGGCAAAUGUCAAGAGAUCGUUGGUCGUGGUGCUUUCGGCAUUGUCAGAAUCUCACACAAGCAAGACCCAGAGAAGCCGGACAGAGAACUACUAUAUGCUGUCAAGGAAUUUAGGAAAAGACCUCAGGAGACGUCAAAAAUCUAUCAGAAGAGAUUGACCUCCGAAUUCUGCAUAUCGUCCUCUCUUCGACAUCCCAACGUAAUCCACACCCUCGACCUUCUUCAGGACGCCAAAGGAGACUACUGCGAAGUCAUGGAGUACUGUGCUGGAGGCGAUCUGUACACUCUAGUUCUAGCGGCAGGCCAAUUGCAAGUCGCUGAAGCAGACUGUUACUUCAAGCAACUGAUGCGAGGCGUAGAGUACAUGCACGAAAUGGGUGUUGCUCACCGCGACCUGAAGCCGGAAAACUUGCUUCUCACCACCCAUGGCUGUCUCAAGAUCACAGAUUUUGGCAACGGAGAAUGCUUCCGAAUGGCCUGGGAGACCGAAGCCCACAUGACCGCCGGCUUGUGCGGAAGUGCUCCGUACAUCGCACCAGAGGAAUACGAAGGCGGCGAAUUUGAUCCUCGUGCCGUCGACGUCUGGGCUUGUGGUGUCAUCUACAUGGCCAUGAGAACCGGUCGACAUCUCUGGCGUGUCGCCAAACGGGACGAGGACGAAUUCUACGAGCGAUAUCUAGAAGGACGCAGAGAUGAGAACGGAUACGCGCCGAUAGAGUCGCUUCACAGGUCACGCUGCAGAAACGUCAUCUACUCGAUCCUCGACCCUAAACCAGAACGCCGUAUCACAGCCUCUCAAAUCCUCAAGUCCGAAUGGGGCAGAGAAAUCAAAGUCUGUCGAGCCGGCGAGGAAGGAUACUGA